CCCUAGUGGCAGCUGUCGGCAUCGCUCUACCUUCAGUACUCCAGCCGCCGCAGCCUGUCACCGGCAGCCCGGGCCACCUAAUAAUCUGUGCAAGAUGGCGGAGGGCGAGAGCCUGGAGAGCGUGACCGAGCACGAGAGGAUCCUGCAGGAGAUCGAGAGCACGGACACGGCCUGCGUGGGGCCUACGCUCCGCUCUGUGUACGAUGACCAGCCAAAUGCUCACCAAAGGUUCAUGGAAAAGCUUGACACCCGGAUUCGAAAUCAUGACCGGGAAAUUGAAAAAAUGUGCAAUUUCCACCAUCAAGGCUUUGUAGAUGCCAUAAACGAGCUCCUAAAAGUCAGGGCUGAUGCUGAAAAGCUGAAGGUCCAAGUCACUGAUACCAACCGAAGAUUUCAGGAAGCCGGGAAGGAGGUAAUUGCUAAGACAGAGGAGACCAUUCGGUGCAGGACACAGCAGAGAAAUAUUGCCACUGUAGUUGACAAGUUGCAAAUGUGCCUUCCGGCCUUAGAAAUGUACAGCAAAUUAAAGGAACAAAUGAGUGGAAAAAGAUAUUAUUCUGCUCUAAAGACGAUGGAACAACUUGAACAUGUUUAUCUCCCCAAAGUGUCCCAGUAUCGCUUCUGUCAAAUCAUGGUAGAGAAUCUUCCCAAGUUACGAGAAGAGAUCAAGGAGAUCUCCAUGUCUGGUCUCAAAGACUUUUUGGAAAGUAUCAGGAAGCAUUCUGACAAAAUUGGAGAGACUUCAAUGAAACAGGCACAGCAACAGAAAACAUUUCAUGCGGCGCUGCACAGACAGACCAACGUUUCUUACAAAAAACCCAUAUACAUCAUAAAUGGUCAUUCUGCAGGAGGAGAGAAUGAGGUUACACCAAAAAGUCAGAUGUUGGAAGAUGAGGACACAGAGGAAGAGGUCCUUAGUGUCCAGGAUUUGGUAGACUUUACCCCUGUGUAUCGGUGUCUGCACAUCUACACAGUUUUGGGAGAUAAAGAAGUAUUUGAAAACUACUAUAGAAAACAGAGAAGAAAACAGGCGCGAUUGGUCCUCCAGCCCCAGGCCAACAUGCACGAGACGGUGGAAGGAUAUCGGAAAUACUUCAGCCAGAUUGUAGGGUUUUUCGUGGUGGAAGAUCACAUUUUACAUGUGACGCAAGGUUUGGUAACGGGAUCCUACACUACGGAGCUGUGGACCAUGGCGCAGUCGAAGAUCAUCGCAGCCCUCCGCACACACUCCUCGUACUGCACGGACCCCGACCUGGUGCUGGAGCUGAAGAACCUGAUUGUGGUGUUCGCCGAUACUCUGCAGGGAUAUGGAUUUCCGGUGAAUCGUCUCUUUGAUCUACUGUAUGAAGUUAGAGACAAAUAUAAUGAAGCGCUGUUCAAAAAAUGGGCUGGACUGUUCAGGGACAUUUUUGAAGCUGAUAACUACAGCCCAAUCCCUGUAGCAAAUGAAGAGGAGUACAUGGCUGUAAUUAGCAAAUUUCCUUUCCAAGAUCCAGAAGGUGACAAGGUAUCUUUUCCAAAGAAACUCCCAAUGUCUCAGUCCGUCCCACAGAUUUAUAUGCAGGUCAAAGAAUUUAUAUAUGCAAGCCUUAAAUUUUCGGAAUCACUUCAUCGAAGCUCCACAGAGAUUGAUGAUCUGCUCCGGAAAUCUACCAACUCACUUCUCACCAGAACCUUAAGCAGCGGUUUGCAAAACCUCAUCAAGAAGCCUCAUAUAGGUCUGACCGAACUUGUGCAGAUCAUCAUAAACACCACACACCUGGAGCAAGCCUGUAAAUACCUGGAGGAUUUUAUUACCAAUAUUACAAAUGUGUCUCCCGAGACUGUGCACACCACCCGGCUUUAUGGCCUGUCCACCUUCAAGGAUGCCAGGCAUGCGGCCGAGGAGGAAAUCUACACCAAACUCAACCAAAAAAUCGAUGAAUUUGUCCAGCUGGCGGACUACGACUGGACGAUGUCCGAGCCGGAUGGGAGAGCCAGCGGGUACCUGAUGGAUCUGAUUAAUUUUUUACGGAGCACUUUUCAAGUUUUCACUAACUUGCCGGGGAAAGUUGCCCAAACUGCGUGCAUGUCGGCCUGCAAGCAUCUCUCUACAUCGCUUACACAAAUGCUGCUGGACAGUGAGCUGAAGCAGAUCAGUAUGGGAGCCAUUCAGCAAUUCAACCUAGAUGUUAUCCAGUGUGAAUUGUUUGCGAGUUCUGACCCAGUUCCCGGAUUCCAGGAGGACACGCUGCAGUUAGCAUUCAUUGACCUCAGACAACUCCUUGACCUGUUCAUGAUUUGGGAUUGGUCUACAUAUCUCGCCGAUUAUGGUCAACCCACCUCCAAAUAUCUAAGAGUGAACCCUAGCACAGCUCUCAUUCUGCUUGAAAAGAUGAAAGACAUGAACAAGAAGAAUAAUAUCUUUGCUCAGUUCAGGAAGAACGACCGGGAUAGGCAGAAGUUGAUAGACACCGUGGUGAAGCAGCUUAGAAGUCUGGUGAAUGGGAUGUCCCAGCACUCUUAGUGGUGGCCGUACUACAAAGUGUACAGAAGCCUAUAAUCAGCACAUUGCUUUCCUGCAGAAUAAAGCGUGCGCCUCAUGUGUCCAGUCGGACAGGACUAACUAAUGUUUUUACAGUUGCUUUUGUAACUAUGAGGUUUUUAUAUCUCGCACACGUGGUGUCAGGAGUGGAACCAGUCAUUGGAGUGUAAAGCAGAUGAAUGGACUCUAAAUAUUGUAUUUUACCUAUUGCUGCUAAAUUCUGCCACUUCUCAGAUUCUAUGGCAUUUUAAGAUGGGUUUUGUAUGUUGUGUGAAGUCAUUGAGAUGAUACGUGAGUCAGUCAUUGAGAUGAAGGGUCUGCUAAUGAUUACAUUCUCCUGCAGACCCCGAUCAUUGUCUGCUGAAUGGACAUGUCUUCCUAUGUGAGUGUAUGAGCAGCCACUUUUACUAUAGAUCUGGUUCUCAGGGGUUGUGAUUUUGAUCUAUACUUUGUAAAUAUUUGCUUUUGAUUUCCUUCAGGAAUAAAAAGAAUGUC